GGAAAUGUCAUUGCCCUGUGUGUGUGUGUGUGUGUGUGUGUGUGAGAGAGAGAGAGAGACAGAGAGAGAGAGAGAGAGAGAGAGAGAGAGAGAGAGAGCACAACAGAGAGUGAGGGAGCACAAGAGAGAGAGGGAGAAGGCAAAUUGUAAAUGCAUGUUUCACUUCUAUGUCUUUUUUUCACCUUAAUGUUAAUUUUGUGUGUUUUUUUUUCUCUUUUUUUUUCAUAAAAUUGGUUCAGAGAAUCAUUAGAUUUGCUCCUGGCUCACUCAUUGGCCAGGUCAAUCAUUACGGGCAUAAUGAUGUCAUGGGUAGCGUUUUUUAUUGAGUAAUACUUCUAUUUAUAAAUGAAUUAUUUUGAUUAUUGAACAGGAAACUAUGCUCUAAUUUUAAACGAGGUUAUGGUCUGCGUGGGGAGGACGAGUGCUGUGAUGAGUACAUAUUGACUUUGUCCGGCAGACAGCAGUAAUUCCUGAAGUGAAGCCGCGGCUAUGAAGGAGAGGGAGCUGUCCCUGGAGCUCUCCAAAAUCAGGGAUGAAGUGGCCUGCAGUGCUGCCCGCUGGGAGCGCCUACAGCGGGAGAAGGCGGCGCUGGAGCUGGGCUUCGAGCGGGAGCUGCAGGGGCUGCAGGAGCAGCAGGAGGCCGAGCUCGGGGCCCUGGAGGAGGGCCUGAGGGCCCGGCACAGGGCCGAGAUGGACUGCCUGCAGGAGGAGCACCAGGCCGAGAUGGACAUGCUGCACGCACAGCAGCAGGAGCAGAUUGAGCAGAUAACCAUGAGUCAUGAGGCUGUUGUGGAGGACAUGGAGAAUGCUCACAGGGUGACCAUGGCAACGCUGGAGGAGGACCACGUGACAACUGUGCAAGAGCUGAGACAAGCCCACGAAGACCAGAGGACAUCCAUUGAGGAGGACUUUGAGAAUCAGAGGCUCUCUCUCCAGGACCAGGUGGACACUCUGACCAUCCAGAGCCGCAGCCUGAAGGACCGGGCCGGCCGCUUCGAGGAGGCCCUGAGGAAGAGUGCCGAUGAACAGAUCGGGGAUGCUCUGGCCCCUUAUCAACACAUCCAAGAGGAUCUGAAGAGCCUGAAAGAGGUUUUGGAGAUGAAAAACCAGCAGAUUCACGAGCAAGAGACAAAAAUUUCUGAGCUGCAGAAGAUGCAGGCUCAAAAGAACGUCGUUCUGGAGGAGCGGGUCCAAGUGUUGCAGCAGCAGAACGAGGACCUCAGAGCUAGGAUUGACCUCAACCUCUCCCUGACCAGGAACCUAUCAGAGGAGAACGCCAACCUGCAGGAGCACGUGGAGAAGGAGAGCAGCGAGAAGAAGCGUCUCAGCCGUAACAACGAGGAGCUGCUGUGGCGCCUGCAGGCCGAGCUGAGCCCCCGCGUGUCCCCGGCCUCCUCGCCCCUCCACCGGGUGUCGCCGGGGCCCUCCUCCCCCUCCCGGCUCCAGCCCUUCCCCCAAUGAGCCCCCACCAGCCCCCGUCUGUUCCCCCUUCCCUGCUAAAAAAAAAAAAAACUGCUCAAGCUAGGUUUUGAAACGGCUGGUAUCUGGUUGACCGGUUCAGACCAGUUCAGACCAGACCAGCUCCCAGCUGGACAUGGUUUGGUUGGUUGACCCGUUAAAACCGGCUCCCAGGUUGACAUGGUUUGACUACCUUAAGCUAUGUUUUGAAACUGCUCAGACGGCUAGAAACGGCUCAGACAGGCUACCAGCACUAGCCGGUUGACCAGCUCAUACGCAGCUAGAUCAGCUUGUAACCAGCUUGACCAGCUCAAUUUCCAAGUUGGUCAAGCUUGGAUUUUACAGCAGGAUUGUCCCUCUACCCUCUACCUCACCCUGUCUCUCACUCUUGUUCGGAGACAAACUGACUCUGUCCAGGCUGGCUUCUUUUCUGCCUGAAGGUGCAUAGACUUGCACAAGUACUCUUGUUAAAAAGGUCUGGUACUGAAUGUGAGAACUAACAUACUUACGCCUGGCUACUGGUUUCUGUGAUGUAAAUCUACUCCUCAUUACUCCACAGUGUAAAAACAAAGACACAAAAAAAACAUUAGCUUCCAUUGAAGUAGGAAGUUGGAAAAUGUCUGCUCUCCUGUGUGUCAUCUCUCAUUAAAGACGUGACUAUGGGCCGUUGUAUAAUGUAAACAGCUUGUACUCUUCUCAUUACUUCGCUGUGGGACGGCAGCCCUUGGGGUGUGCAGGACCAGCUCGGCAGAUCCACCAACGGGAGCGAAAGCCGGUCCUACAGGAACGAUCAUUUGCUUCUUUCCCUGGGGCCCAGGCUGGGAUUAUGAAACAUUAAAUCGAUAUUUCCUUUGAAACCACCACUAUAACUUUUAUAAAACGCCACCUUAGUCACCACCCCAGGGAGCCCUGAUCCUAUCACCAGCAGUUUUACUCUGACCACCCUUGCCUACAGUGCGACUCUGUCCCUCAGGGGCUCACCGCAAAGCUUUGCCGGUUUUCACUUGGCCAGCGUGACCUGAGAGACUGUCGACCCUGUUCUCCUUCAUCCAGAACAGGAUUUUUAACUUUCCAGGAUGAACUGGGACACCUUUCCUGCUUAUUAACUUCAUCCACGAUAGUUCUUCUCCUUGGACGGCUUGCCCUGUUACAGGUAAUUUACUCCUGCUACUGUGAGACAGUUUCCCUCCUGCUCACCUUAGCCUAGGCCAUUCUUUUCUUCUUUGGUCAACUUGGGGCAGAUUGUCUCCACUUCAGUCUCUCCCAGGUUAGAUGAUACAGGGGCAGUGUACUGUAGACCUCAUGACUUUUACUUAGUGUGUUGUUAGCCAGGUCCUCUGCUCAUUGUGGUCCUGGGUUCCACACUGGCUGCCUUGAUUGUGUUGAAAAGCAUUUGUGCUCCAUUCCUUUUCUCAACUCCAACAACAAACCAAUGAAAUCAAUGACCUGGGGCUGUUUGUAAAAAAUGUAAUUAUGAGAGAUUACCAUUUCUUUUUCAUGGCAUUUGUAACAUUUUACUAUGUAAAGCAUGUACUGUAAGUCUUCCAGUAGUUACGAGUUACCUCGGAUAAUUGUGAUUUCCAUCAUAAAAAUUUGGAUUAAGGACCCCACCCCCACCCCCCUGGCUUUAAUGCUCAGGAGGGAGUCCCUUUAAAAAGUCAGUAGCAAGCUACUCCUAAGAAAUAGAAGGCUGAGGUAUGUAUAAAUUAAGGUUUACAUCAUUAGUGUAGUUCAGGUUGGACUCCCAUUUGGGUGUAGUACCUAGAGAAAAUGAUGUUUCAAGGAAUGGUUUAAAGCAAAAACGCUUAGUAGAGAAGACUUUUUUGAAGAUUUGAUGUGUCACUACUGUAAUUGUUCAGGGAUUUUUCUCUUUCUUGCUAACUCAAGCCCAAGCUUGCUGUGUCUAGUUAUAAUUUCUAUAUUAUAAAAGGCCAUAAAUGCGUGUGGAAUACUAAGAGACUUUUGAAAAAAGCAAUUACAAAUGACCCUGAUGUGCAUUUAACGCUUAGUUGAAACUUGUUAAAAAAAAUGUAUAUUGUGGCAAAUUUCACCUGCUGUAGCACCAGAGAUAAUAAUUAUCUCAAAGGUUUUUAAGCUAUGAAUGAAAUACCUACCUGCUCAUUGUAUUGUUGUGCUACUCUUGAUUCUUCCAUUUUGAAAAGUCGACUGGUUUGUAUUAGUGUUGGGGGGGAAAAAUCCACAAGUUCAGUUUGAGUAACAGCAAUUGCAAGUCUGGUGGUUUGACCUGAUCACGGCUCAACAGGAUGCCUUAAUCCAUAUAAUACUGUUGGUAAUUGUUUAGUAAUGCCUUCCAGUUUCUACUACACAAGUGUUAUCCUACUCCAGUACAUAAUAUACUAUACAGGGAAUUUCACAAUUCAUUUAUUUAUUGUGAAAACCUUUUGUUUCAGUGAAACAUUGUUACAGUACAUGUGUUGACUAUUUAUUUUAGCAGACUUAAAAUAUUUUUACAUUUUGCCCUUUUAUUCUUCUUGUCUUUAGCCUAAAAACUGCAACAAAAAAAUUCAUCUUUAUUAUAUAAUUUAUCUUAAAAGACAGAAUAACAUUUUUGUGAAUUCCUUCCAUAUGAAAUAUGGAACAAAAUAUUUCUGUUUUUAUUAAUAAUCUUUUAUAAGACAAAACUCUUGAUGAGCGGUGUUGUAGAAGAGAUUUUCUGAUUAUUAUGAAGCUUUUUUAUUAUGAUAGUAAUUAUUAUUUUCAGGAUUUUUUGUUUUCUUUUUUGCCAUGUUUAUCCAAUCCAAAUGAAUGUUCUCUUUGUGAUUCUACUGGUUAUGUUAUGUGAAUAAUGCACUUGAAAGAUUAUAUUUUACCUCCCUAUUUAGGCAAUAUUGGUCAAGUAGCGUGAAUAGAAUACAUUUUCAAACAAAAACUUACACUGUGUUAGAUGACUUUGCUGGAUGUAUUAUAGCAACCAGUUGCCUCAGGCAGUUUCAGGGAGAGAAAUUGAGUGAAUCAACUGAGAGGACGAUUACUGAUUCCAAUAGCAAGCUAUUAUAGAAAGGUAAGGCAUUUGGCAUUUGCUACGUAGUAAUUUUCGUAACUUUUCCUAACACUUGUUCUUAGUCUUAUGUUAAUCAGUCUUUUUUAAAAAUGGAGGGAGGGGAUUUAGAAGCAUCCGAUUUGUAACCUAUUGAGACCAAACCCACCUCAUUUAAUAUGACAGGACUCCGCUGGCCUGCCAAUUGCAAAAAGAGUGACAAUUCCACUGCAUGUUAAAUAAGUGCUUAUAACAGCGUUCUGAAAACAGUGCUGUUGCUAAAAUCCAUUUGCAUAAAUAUUAUAUUUAUCUGUACUUUUCUGGUUCAAGGAAGAUAACAAAACAUAUACAGUGGCUUUAGAAAGUGUUCAGACCCCUAUAUUGUGUUGUAGAUCUCAUUUUAAAUGGAUGCAAUUCUACACUCAAUAACCCAUAAUGACCCAUAAGUGAAACUAUUUAUUUGGGGAAGCCCCUUUGGUAGCAGUUACUUCAAGUCUCUACGAGCUUUGCACACCAGGAUUUGGGAAGUGUAUCCCAUUCUUCUUGGCAGAUCCUCUUAAGCUUCAUCAGAUUGCAUGGGAAGUGUCUGUGAACUGCUGUCUUCAGGUCUCUCCACAGAUAUUCGAUGGGAUUUAAGUCUGAGGUUGCGUGCACUCUGGAGCAGGUUUUCUUCAAGGACCUCUCUGUAUUUGGCUGCAUUCAUCCUUCAUUCAAUUCUGACCCCAUUCAAGUCACCCAAUCCCUGCCGCUAAGAAGCUCCCCCAUAGCAUGAUGCUGCUACCACCAUGCUUCACCGUAAGGAUGGCAUUAGCCAUGUGAUGGGCACUGUGUUUGCCAUGCUUCGCCAUGCUCUCAUCAGACCAGAUAAUCUUUUUCCCCAUCCUCUCAGAGUCCUUUAAAUGUCGUUUGGGCUGUAUGCCUUUUACUCAAGAGUGGCUUCCAUCUAGCCACUCUACCAUAAAGGCCUGAUUGAUGGAGUGCUACUGAGAUGGUCAUCCUGUUAGGUCCUUCCAUCUUUGCAGAGGACUUUCAAAGCUCUGUUAGAGUGACGGUCCUUGGUCACCACUCUGGGUUACCCAGCAAGAAGGGUCCUGGUGGUUCCAGAUGGUUUCAAACUUUAACAAUUAUUGAGGCUACUGAGGUCCUGGGAACACUCAAAACUUUAGAAAGGGUUCAUACCAUUGCCCUGAUCUAUGCCUCACCACAAUUUUAUUGCAGAGGUCUACAGAGAGUUCCAUGGACUUCAUGGCUUGAUUUUUGUCCUGACAUGCAGUGUGAAUUUUGUGAUAUAUACACAGGUGUGUGCUUUUCUAAAGUAUGUCCAAUCAAUUCAAUUUGUCACAGAUGGACUCCAAUCAAGUUCUAGACACAUCUCAAGGAUAAUUCAAGCAAACAGGAUGCACCUGACCACAAUUUGGAGUGCCACAGCAAAGGGUCUAAAUACUUAUGUAAAUGAGAGUUCAGUUUUUGAUUUGUAAUACAUUUGCAAAAAAGGGUAUUAUGCAUUAUGGGUUAUUGAGAGUUGAUUUAUGGGCAAAAUGGCAAUUCUAUCAAUUUAAAAUCUACAACAUAAUAAAGUAUGCAAAAAGUGGAGGGGUCUGAAUUCUUUCUGAAGCCUCUGUACAUAUAUGUAUAUUCUCAAUAUCAGGUACUGGAUCUGCACUGACAGCUCUGUGUCCUGUGGACAUUACUAUAAACCCAAUGAUCAAAUUACUACUCUCCUCAGUAUAAUAAAUUGUCCAAAUUACUGUAAAUUAUUUUUAAAGGGGUAUGGGCAUUUACAAACAUGUCUAUUGUAAAUGUUUUUUUGUUGUUUUUCUGACUUUGUACAGUUGACUGUAUUUGUUCCAUAGCACACAUAUAAAAGCAUGUCUGUAGCUAUUUGUUUUGUUUUUUCCCCUAGAUAAAGAUGACGAAAGCUGUGUUUGUAGCAUAGAGGAUUAAAACUGAGCCAUUAUGGGGAAUGACAAAGCACUGUACUGGAUGUAUUUGGUAUCUUGUUUUUGCAUUUUGG